AUGGGUGCCCCUGAAUUGUCUCCACCAGAGCGUAAACAAUGGACGAAUCCUGUCGAAUUCUUUUUAACAUUAGUUGCAUUUGCUGUUGGUUUGGGUAAUGUUUGGCGUUUUCCAUAUCUUUGCUUUAAGAAUGGUGGUGGUGCAUUUCUUAUUCCGUAUACAUUUAUGCUGAUUUUUAUUGGUGCACCUGUCUUCUAUCUUGAAUUAACAUUAGGACAAUUUACUAGUGCUGGCCCACUUGUUGUAUGGAGAGUGAAUCCAUUAUUACGAGGCAUUGGUUAUGCAUCAUUAGCGACAAAUUGUUUUUUAGCUCUUUAUUACAAUGUAUUGAUUGCUUAUUGUUUCUAUUAUUUAAUUGCAUCAUUUCAACUUGUUGUUCCAUGGUCAACAUGUGGUAACUGGUGGAAUACACCUUUAUGUACUGAUCAAAGAACAUUAGCAAAUCUUUCUCGAAUUGAUCUUGAUUUAAUGAAAAGUAAUAAGCUACUAUUAUUUCUUUUUAAAUCUGCAAUUAUUAAUCAUUUCAAAUAUUCAUGUUUAGAUAUGACAACAUCACCGAGUGAAGAAUAUUUCUAUCGUCGAGUACUUCAGAUUACUAACGGAGUAGAAAAUCUCGAUGGAAUCGUUACUCAUUUAGCUGUUGCUUUGGCAGUAGCUUGGCUUAUUUGCUUUUUGGCAUUAUCAAAAGGUGUCCAAUCUUUAGGCAAAAUUGCGUAUUUCACGGCUUUAUUUCCAUAUGUCAUGUUAACUGUUUUAAUUAUUCGUGGAGCAACAUUAAGCGGUGCUAUUGAAGGCGUGAAAUUUUAUAUGGGAACUGUGAAUUUGAGUGUACUUAAAAAUCCGUCUGUAUGGAAAGAAGCAUGUACACAAGUUUUCUAUGCAUUGAGUUGUUGUAGUGGUGGUCUCAUUGCAAUGUCAUCAUUCAAUAAUUUUAAUAAUAAUGUUUAUCGUGAUACAAUUUCCAUUUGUUUAGUGACAUGGUUUACAAGUAUUUUUGGUGGAUUUGCAAUUUUUACCGUACUUGCUUAUUUUGAUUCUCAAGGUCCUGGUCUGGCAUUUGUUGUCUUUCCCGAAGGCUUAUCGAUGAUGCCAUUUGCACCUUUGUGGUGUGUUCUAUUCUUUUUAAUGAUGUGCACACUUGGCUUUGGUUCUGAAUUUUCUAUUAUGGAAACCAUUAUGGCUAGCAUAAUAGAUGAAUUUAAAACAUAUUUAAAUACACCAAAAAAAAUUAUUAUCUUUCGAUUUUGUAUAUCACUUGUCUUUUUUCUUCUUGGUUUAUCUAUGGUUACACGAGGAGGUUUAUAUAUAUUGAAUAUAAUUGAUCAGUAUCUCGGUGGAUUUCCUUGGUUAAUUAUUGGUGUUGUUGAAUUAUUUUGUAUUGCAUGGGUUUAUGGUGUUGAGAACUUUUGUGAUGAUAUUGCAUUAAUGAUAGGUGAAAAUCGACGUCCUGGUAAAUUCUGGAAAAUCUGUUGGCAAUAUAUUUCGCCACUUAUUCUUAUUUUUACAAUUGUCUUUUCUUCUCUAUUCUACCAAGAAGUAACACUUGAUGAUUAUGCAUAUCCAUCAUGGGCCCUUGCACUUGGCUGGAUUGUAGUAAUAGCAUGUCUCGGGUGGCUCCCAUAUAUUUUUACAGUUGAAAUAUGUCGUCGUGGAACAUGGGGUAUUAUUAAAGAAGCUCGUUUGCCUCAUGCUCAAUGGGGUCCCGCUCGAGAUGAACACCGCCAACUAUCAAUACGUUAUGCAAAUAAGAAUGAUCCAAAACAACUUAGCAUGCAAACUUUAUCGACAAUCGAUGGAGGCGAUACAUUUGAUUUGGAUUCAGCAGCAAUUGAAGUUAUAGCAGCAAGUCCAAAACUAUAUGUCAAACGACUUUCAGACGUGUCUACUACCCGAUUUUAA